AAUUGAAUAAUAUGAACCGUUUAAGAAACAUCUUGACGGAAAAUUUUCCUAUUUAAAAAGACAAUCAAAUGCCUAUUAAAUUUAAAUUAAGAGGUGAGAGGUAUAAAAUUGAGCCUAAAUCCUACAGUUUUCCUACUUAGCUUAAUCGAUUCUAUAAAUAAUAUGAUAAAAGAAAACAUAUGAAAAUAAUUCCGCUUAAAACCUUAUUGGAGUCAAUAAACUUUAACAAUGACUAUAAUAUAUACAAAUACAUUUAUGAAUGAUUGGUUGAUUUACCACUAUUUCCUUCUUUUGUCUUGCAUUUCUUCAAUUCUUAUUCUUAACCCAUUUUUGCUAUAAAAUAUAUAUUCAACAAUAAAUUCAAUAUUCUCUCGUUAGAAAGAAAAUAUAGAUUAGUUUAAUCUUCUAUUUUAUAUUAAUAUCAUUAUAUAUUACUGUUAAAUCCUAAGACUUUCCCAGCGUGACGAGGAGGAUAUAUUAGAAAACUUUUCUUCUAAUAUAUCUAUAUAUAUUAGUAUAUAUUGUAUGUAUGUAUAAAGGACACUAAGCAAACUCUAACACUGUAACCUUGCUCUUUCUUAAUAGUUGCCCUUAAAUUUUUUGUUUUUUCCCUGCACUAUAACUACAGAAUAUCAUAAAAAAGAAGGUCAAUGAUAUUUAAUAAUUUUUUUAAAAACAAUAUUGAAGAUAUUUAUGAAAGAAAGUUUGCUGUUAUAUCUCCUCUCUCUCUCUCUCUUCCUCUUUAUGUAUAUAUUCUUGUGCUUUGUACAAAAAACUCGAAAAUUAUGUCUUUAAUUUCACUAAUUUGACACUUUUUUAUGGAAAAAUUUACUUUUGACACUCGAGUUCUGGUGGAAAACAUACUGCGAUUGUUUUAAAACAAAUUGACAGUCUUCGUUGUGUUAUAAAACGUUUGUCAGUCAAACUGACAACAUAUAUAAUCGGAUUAUUUUUACAAGAGUUUCAUUCGCCUUUUUAAUAUGGUAAUGUCUUUAGACGUCAAAGGUGACGCGCCAACUUUCUUCAUUGAAGAUGCUAAUGAAAACUGUAUCGGAGAAUACCCACGUCUCCUUUGCGAACUUUUGGAGUUUGACUAUGAGAAAGAUGUUUGGAAAGAAAAGAGCCGUUUAAUCAAAUUUGAAGAAACCGUAGAAGAAGGUGGAGAAAGAUGGUCGAAACCUCACGUUGCUGCUCUUUCACUCGAAGCUGUACAUCAAUCAAAAGAAGUACUAGAAAAUGCAAUACUACUUCAAGACAUUCAAGCCGAAAAUUACAAGGAUUUUACUGAGAAGUUAUUCGCCAAGCUAGAAAGCGAUACCGAUCUUAAGGAGGAGCAAUUAGAAGAGCUUGGCAAAUUGCUUUACAAAAAGCACCGACAUUUGAAGGGAAGAUACAAAAAAUUGGGCGACGGAGGAAGUGGUACCAAUACUCCAAGCGAUAAUAGAUCACCAGCACCAAUAAGAUCUUCGCGUACUGAUCCCGUUUUAAAACCAAGCCAACUAGGAGUGACAGGAAUUAGCCAAAAACCUAGUAUGUCAGACCUAUUGGAGCAUUUAGACAGUCGAAAAGACGAUGAAAUAUUUACGCCUAACAAAAAGUUUGCUAAACAUCUUCCUAAAAAUUGCGAAGCUGCUGACGUUCUUGUUGGUCAUGCUGAUUUUCUUGAUGAACCAAUUUGCCUUUGGAUUAGGCUAAAAGAGCCAAAAAUACUUAAAGAAACUUUAACCGAAGUACUAGUUCCUACAAGAUUUUUUAUAUUAUUUCUUGGACCGAAAUUGAUGUACGAUUAUAAGGAAAUCGGAAGGGUCAUGGCCACCAUGUUGGCUGAUUCUUACUUUAGACCGUGCGCAUUCUCGGCCCAAACUAAAGAUGACCUACUAGAGGGUUUCCAAGAAAGCAUUGAAGCUGGAACAGCUUUACCUCCAGGACAAUGGGAUAGAAGCCUUAGAAUAGAGCCGCCUUCGAACUUGCCUAGCCAUCCAAUAAGAAAAAGACCAUCAAAAAAUUCAAUUGCCAAAGACAAAGAAUCUAUUCAAUACGAGGAUACUGAAGAUCAUGCGGAGGAACACGGCGAUGCAACACUUGUUCGUUCGGGAAGAUUAUUUGGCGGUCUUGUGCAGGAUAUAAAACGAAAAGCACCCCACUAUUUAUCAGAUUUUAAAGAUGCUCUCCACCCCCAGUGUUUAGCUUCAGUAAUAUUCAUUUACAUAGCUUGUCUUUCUCCAAUUAUCACGUUUGGAGGUCUUCAAGGAGCCGCAACAGACAAUUACCUAGCUGCCAUGGAAGGGAUCCUAUCAGGUGCCAUUUGCGGAGUAAUAUACGUUCUAUUUUGUGGGCAACCUUUGACUGUUUUGGGUGCAACUGGUCCAAUGUUGGUUUUCGAAACAAUUCUCUUUCGUCUAUGUAAAACGUUCGGAUGGUAUUUCUUAUCAAUGAGACUCUGGGUAGGAGUGUGGUCAGGAUUAUUUAUCAUAAUCAUUUGCGCUCUUGAUUUAUCGGCGCUUGUUACUUACAUAACAAGAUUUACUGAAGAAGCGUUCGCAACCCUGAUCUGUAUCAUUUUCAUUCAACAAGCCAUUUCGAAGUUACUUUCUAUUCGUAAAGAAUAUGGAGUUAAUACCGAUCCUUUCAAUGUAGAAAAGAGUCAAUGCUAUUGUUUCCCAAAACCAAAUAGCACACUGAUCAGUCAUUUCAACAUUACUACCACCUCUAUGCCUUACACAACAGCAUCAUUAGAAAAUGCAACUAUGCCAACGGGACCUACCCUUAUUCCAACACUGUUAGCAACUAAACAAAAGUGUCUAGACAUUGGGGGUAAUCCAGUAGGAGAUGGAUGCAAUUAUGUUCCAAAUGUUUUCUUCUUUUCGGUUUUAUUGUUCAUUGUCAUGUUUACCGUGUCUAUUACUUUAAAAUCGUUUAGAAAUAGCCCGUUCUUUCCAUCAAAAGUUCGGCAAAUAGUCAGCGAUUUUAACGUUGUUAUCGGCGUUAUAAUAUCAGUUCUAAUAGAUUGGCUAGUUGGUUUAGACACGCCAAAACUUAAAGUUCCGGAACAAUUCAAACCAACUAGAUGGGAAGAUAGGGGUUGGAUUGUACCAGCCCUUGGAGGAAACCCUUGGUAUACCAUACUAAUAGCUAUUGUUCCGGCACUGUUGUGUACAAUUCUUAUAUUUUUGGAUCAGCAGAUUACGGCUGUUAUCGUAAACAGAAAGGAGAAUAAACUAAAAAAAGGCGGUGGUUAUCAUUUGGACAUUUUCAUUCUAUCAAUAAUUACAAUAUUGACUUCUGUUAUGGGCCUACCUUGGUUUGUAGCUGCCACUGUAAGAGCUAUGACUCACGUAAAUUCGUUAAGAGUCGAAUCGGAAGCAGCCGCACCAGGAGAAAAGCCUGAAUUUUAUGGGAUAAGAGAGAAUAGAGUCACAAUGUUAUUGGUUUCGAUUCUAAUUGGUUUAUCCGUUCAGUUGACAACUGUAUUCAAAAUGAUUCCUAUGCCAGUUUUGUACGGGGUGUUUAUGUAUAUGGGUGUUGGAGCUUUGAGAGGAUUACAGUUGGUGGACCGUCUACUAUUGUUAUUCAUGCCCCAAAAACAUCAACCAGAGUAUAAUUUUCUUAAAAAAGUGAAAACUUGGAGAGUGCAUUUGUUUACACUGAUUCAAUGUAUUUGCCUCGGUCUACUUUGGGUUGUAAAAGCGAUAAAAGUAACUUCAAUCGCUUUCCCACUGAUGAUUUUGUUAAUAUGCGUUGUAAGAAAGUUAAUGGAAAGAUGUUUCACUCAAAGCGAAUUAGGAGCCCUUGACAAUAUUUUACCCCAAGAUAAUUCUAAGAAGGAUAAGAAGAAAAGGUAAAAAUAAUACGUUUUCCAAUUAUAUACAACAGAUGGCGAUAAUUAUAUAAACGCCAUCUACAACGUAGAGAGAGAGAGAAAGAGAAAGAAAAAAAUAACUAAUAGAAUUGUAUUUAACUACUCUAUCUAAUCUAAAGAGAGUGAUAGAGAUGAUAUAGUUUUAAUUAUGCUCUUAAAGAGAAUUGAUUGAAAAUUAAAGAAUAAGAAAAUGAGUGAAUAUAAAAGUUAGGGUGUCUAUUGUAUCGUUUAUUGUUAUUAUCAUUAUAAACGAAGACAGGUAUAGAUAAAGAUAUAACAAACGAAAGAAAGGUUACAAUUUAGAACAAAAGAAAGAGAUUGAUUUAGAUUAAAUAAACUAGAAUACGAGGAACGUUUUUUCAAAGGAAAAGUUUGGAGUGUUGUUAUGGCACGUAGAACCAUUAAUUAAAGGGUAGAAACUUAAUGGAUAAUAUUUUAUAUACUUUUAUUUAUAUACUAAUAUACUGUAUAUACUAAUAUAUAUAUGCUGUAUAGCAUGGAAUGGCUUUUUAAUAAGUAACAGAUGUGAUUAAAGCAUCACAACAUUCUAUAGUGUUGUACUAAUUUUUCUAAGUUAUUUUCUUACAAAAACAACAGGGGCGGUUGGUUCAAAAGAUUGAGAAAAUCUCAUAAAGAAGAAGUAUAACAAUAAACUAGGUAAAAAGGAGGAGAAGAGGAAGAAAAAGAAGAAGAAGAAAAUGGAGGAAAGAAAAAAAGAAAACAAAAUAGAAAAAAAAUUCAAUAUCUUUAAAUCUUCUCUCCCAGAAAAAAAUAUUUUUAAUUAUUUACCGUUUAGUUAGAAGAAAAUGGGAUUAUGAUUAUAGAUUCGCAGUCUGUAUAAAAUUAUAUCAAAAAAUAUCUUAAUAUUGCAAAAUUUUCCAUGUUCGAUUUAAUAAUUGACUUAUGAAACCGUUCAAAAUUUAAUCGUUCGUUAGCUCAAUUUAAUCUAUAACAACUUGAAAUCGUACACUUUUGUUUAUAAGCAUCUUAUACAAACUCACCUUUUCUCUCUUUUUCUAUAUAAAUUCUGCUAUGAAUAGUAAACAGGAUAUAUUCUUUAAAAGUUGAAAAAUCAAUCAAUCAAUCAAUUGAUUUAAUUACUUUUUUUCUUUCUUCCGUUCUUAUCGCUUCUGCUCGUUCAAUAAUCUUUUCAAUUAAAGAAUAAUAUUAGAAGCAAUAGAUUAUCUAAUGUCGUAUUAAAAUCGCAUAUAACAUAUCAUAGUCAUAUAAUCAUAUAUUGCUACUGCUCAAUUGGUUAAUGACAAAUAGGAAAAAAUAGUUAUUUAUAUCCUAAUGGUUAGUUUUAAUUGUAAACAACAAAUUUUAGAUUUAUGUUUUGUUAUGCGAAAGAAUUUAAAUAAAUGAAUAAAAAAC